GGGUCAUGCGUAAAAAUGUCCAAAUUCGCCCAACCAAAAUAAGAAACAAUAACUUUUCACUUUUAAACAAAAACUUAUUAUUUUAAAAGGAUUUAUAGCAUAUUAAGGCUUGAAAAUGAACAAUCUUGACAGUUCAUUGCAAGCACAUAAUAAGUUAGAGAAGGAAGCAACCAAUUUGGCUCUGUUGAAAGACCGAGUGGAUAAAUAUCACGAUCUGUCCACUCAAAUGUCCAACAUCCUUACAAUAUUCGAAAAGCGAUUGGGAAACCUAGAACAGACUAUAUUACCCGUGUACCAGGAAACGGAGCAGCUCCAGAAUAGGCAGAAAAAUCUUGAAGCCACUCUCAGUUGCCUGGAAAUUGUCUUAUCUCACUACGAUGUCUCCCAGGAAGUAUGUCAGUUGAUUCACCAGGGUCCCAUAGAGGGAAAUAUUUCCGCCUUUUUGGAUGCACUAGCCAAACUCCGAGAUGCCUCUGAUUAUUUUCGACACAACAAUAUUCAGAGUGUAGAACUGGAAAAUGUCACCAGCUUGUUCAAUACUGGAUGUGAGGGUCUGAAUCAGCAUUACAGCAUGCUGCUUAAAAAGCACAGUGCUCCGCUGAAGCCCGUGGAGCUGUUGGAUCUGAUCUACAUAGAGGAUGACUCAAGCGAUGAAUAUACCUCAUUCCGGCAGUUGUCGCAAACGACUCGCGAGGAGCUGUACACUAUUUCCCACUGGCUAGAGCAAAAUUUAAGACAAUACAUCCACAUUUACGCCACGGAACGAGGUGAUGUUGUACUCCGAUCGCUGCAGCUGCUUAAGGAUCACCAGAAGAGUAACAGCUGGGGUCACGAGGCACUGAGACCGCGUCACAGUGGACGACAAACGGAACCCAAAAAGAAUACGUCUGCCCGAUUGCAGCAAAUAUUUGAAAAGAAGGCCAAUAAGUUAUAUCUAAGGGCUACUCAGACCAUUGAACAGUCCACCGGCUUCUCUAUUAAAAAGGCAUCCUCGCACAGCGAUCAUUUGACAUCCGAGGAUCUGUUGGAUGGGGAUCAGGAGCUUGACAAGUACUUGGUCAUGCUGCUGGGACUCCAAAGAUUGCUAAACUGGGAGCGAGCUAUCAUGCACGAUAUUAUACCCCAGUCGAAACACAACGAAGUAUUUGCCCGUUUGGCCUAUAAUGCCAUCGAUCUGGUGGUCAAGGACGCGGAGUCCAUUACUCAACGGAUCCUGCGUUGUAUUUCCCGUAAAGAGUGGACCUCGGCGCUGGGAAUAUUCUCCGCCCUAAAGCGUGUGAUCCUUCUACAACCGGACAUUGAACGCACCUAUGAUCCUGCGCAAAGAGAACAGCUAAUGAAGGUUUUAAACAAGUUACAGCAUACUGGAGCCAAGGCUUUGGAGCACUUCCUGGACGUAGUUAAAGGUGAAUCAAGCACUAACAUUGUUGGCCAGAGCAAUGUUCCAAAAGAUGCCACCGUCCACGAGCUAACGUCCAAUACGAUCUGGUUUAUUGAGCACUUAUACGAACACUUUGAUGUAAUUGGUUCCAUUUUGGCACAGGAUGUUCUAUACUCCACACAAUUGGAUACUAUUCUUAUGAAAAAAGCUUUGAGUGGUGAUGAACGCAAUAAGGCUCUAUUAGCCAUUUACAUAAAGAAAGCUUUAGCGGAACUGAAUCUUUCCAUAAUGAACAAAUGUGAGCAGUAUAAUGACCAGGCUACCAAGCAUCUUUUCCGUUUGAACAACAUCCACUACAUCCUCAAGUCACUGCAGCGCUCCAAUCUCAUUGAUUUGGUUACCCUGGCAGAACCGGAGUGCGAACAUAGCUACAUGGAGAUGAUCCGCGAACUGAAGGCUAGCUAUCAGAAGACCUGGUCCAAAAUGCUGGUGGGCAUCUAUUCAUUGGAUGAACUGCCCAAGCCAGUGGCCGGCAAGGUCAAGGACAAGGAUCGCAGUGUGCUAAAGGAGAGAUUUUCUAACUUCAACAAGGACUUCGAAGAAGCUUGUAAAAUUCAGCGGGGUAUCUCGAUACCCGAUGUCAUCCUGCGAGAAGGCAUCAAACGUGAUAACGUGGAACACAUAUUACCAAAAUACAAUCGAUUCUACGAAAUUUACUCUGGGGUGCACUUUAGCAAGAAUCCUGACAAAUACGUCAAGUACAGACAGCACGAAAUCAACGCUAUGCUGAGCAAGCUCUUCGAUGAUUCAGCUUAGAACUAAGUCCCAGGCCUGGGUUCAAGUGCAUUCCUUGUAAGUUCGUUGGGGGCUUUAAUAUAAACUCAAUAAAUAUCGCUUUAAAAAAUUA